AUGCAGUGUUCGGUGGAAUGCGGCAGCGGCACCCAGCAGAGAGAAGUGAUUUGUAUCAGGAAGACGGAGAGCAGCUUUGAAAUGCUGAAUCCCUAUGAAUGUGCGCAUUUGCAGAGACCUCCCAGCCAACAAAGCUGCGAACUCAAGCCUUGUGGGGCUAAAUGGUUUAGUACGGAAUGGAGCACGUGCUCGAAAUCUUGUGAAGGCGGCUUCCGGGUGCGAGAGGUGCGAUGCUUGUCCGACGAAAUGACCCCGAGCGCCAAGUGCGAAUCUCAGCUCAAACCGGAGGAGAAAGAAACGUGCAAUACGCAGGACUGCGUACCAGAAAUAGAUGAAAACUGCAAAGACAAAUAUUACAACUGCAACGUGGUGGUUCAGGCCCGGCUCUGCGUUUACACCUACUACAAGACGGCUUGCUGUGCCUCCUGCUUGAGGGUCGCCAACAGGCAGUCUGGAUUUUUGGGACGCAGAUAA